GCAGACCUGAAGCAAACCGUCGGCGCGCCUCAAAGGAACGACGGUCGCCGCCCGCUAAUUACUUUCCAGCAGCCGGCAGGCAAGGGGGCUCCCGCGCCUUGAAAAACACUGGCAAAACCCGCGUGAGACCCGAAGCCUUGGACGGAGCCCGGGUUCUUCGCCUGGAUUCGUGGUCCUUUGGAAACACGAGCGCCGGUCUGCAGAGUGAGAGCAAAACUACCUGUAACGGCGCCCGUGGCAAGCGCGCGCGCGGGGGGGCGAAGUUUCGCCCGUGGCUGGACAAAGGUAAGAAUGAGUUUCAGUGCAACACCUAUCAUGAUUUCCAUGUCCUGAUGAUGAAAAGAAGAAUAUUGUGCGAUUAUUUUUUUCAUCAUUCUUGGAGGAUGGAUGGAGAUUCCUUCACAUCUACUCUUUUCUCUUCAGGAAACAUUCCCUCAGAAACUGGCAUUACCCUGGAACAGAAAACAACUUUUGUCUUUGUGAUUUUAUUAUUCAUUUUUCUUGGCAUCCUCAUUGUCCGGUGUUUCCGAAUUCUCCUAGACCCAUACAGGAGUAUGCCAACUUCCACCUGGACAGAUGGACUUGACGGGCUAGAGAAAGGCCAGUUUGAGUAUGCUCUGGCUUAGAGUCAAAGAUAUAGCAACGAGAUCUGGAAAGUAUCUCUGACAUAUUGAAGCCACACCUCAUUUGGGCAGAGGCAAAACUAUUUCAGAAAUGAUUAAACUGAAAUAGUUGUAAGGCGUGCUUUACGUUUGAUGGGAAGUGAUCGGUUUUCUCUGGACAAAACUGAUGUUUGUUUUUAGUUAGCAAUGUCUGGUUUCAAAGUAUAAUGAAAAUCUGCACAC